AUGCUCCCCUACCCUCAGCCCUCGUGCUCGCCUUUCCUCUGCCGUCAUGCUCGACUCUUCUCUGCCCUCAUGCUCGCCUUUCCUCUGCCCUCAUGCUCGACUCUUCUCUGCCCUCAUGCUCGCCUCUCCUCUGCCCUCAUGCUCGCCUCUGCUCUGCCCUCGUGCUCGCCUUUCCUCUGCCCUCUUGCUCGCUUCUUCUCUGCCCUCAUGCUCGCCUCUCCUCUGCCCUCAUGCUCGCCUCUCCUCUGCCCUCAUGCUCGCCUCUGCUCUGCCGUCGUGCCCGCCUUUCCUCUGCCCUCAUGCUCGCCUUUCCACUGCCCUCAUGAUCGCCUUUCCUCUGCCCUUAUGCUCUGUCCACGCAUCUACACCCCUAGUCUCUCACACCUCUGGUCUGAUUUUUUUCUGUGCGCAGAGAAGUGGGAGGGGCUGGACGUGUGUGAGCAGUUCUCGCUGCAGCAGAUGCUGAGUGCCACCAACAACUGGUCGGAGGACAAUGUGCUGGGCAAGGGAGGCUUUGGCAUUGUCUACAAAGGCCGCUCACCACAGGGCCAGCUGUGGGCCAUCAAGCGCUCCACCAUCAUGUUUAUCCUGGAAUCUACUGCCUUUCCCUGUUGUGAUGCUUCCUGUAGUCUCCGUUGUUGCUUAUCAUGCUGCUUUCCACUGCCUCUGUCAUUCAUCGACCUUUCUUGCAUAAUAGCCCAGCAGGCAAUCCCUUACCUUUUCCUUCCACCGCACUGCAUAUGUUCCCACGCCUCACUGCCUCGCAUGGACACCCUGCAGGCAGUCAAGUUGGUGGAGACAUAUGACGUGGAGGAGCUGAAGGACAGCAAGAUGCCAGCAGUAAAUGAGGAGGCCAUAGUGGACUUUGCAGACCUGGCUCUGGACUGCAUCAAGUCUCCCGGCACACGGCGACCCACCAUGAAGGAUGUGGCAUACCGCCUCAGUGCCCUCAUUGAGAAGCACUGCCCCAACGAGGAGGAUGAGUGGGAGAAUGUUGUGAAAGAAGAAGGGACAAGCAACCAAGAGAUGCCUUCUGAGUCGUCUGGAGAUGGAGGGAGGGAGCCUGAGAGGUCUCAUGGCUCACAGUCUGGUGUGAUCUCAUUCACGGGUACUUUCUCGAUGAGUGAUAGCCUCAAGAGCUGGCUGCAAUUGAAGCCAUCCAAUGGGCAUUGA